GCCGUAAUUUGCGGUAUUGGCAAUGCCAGCACACAGUUCUGUGGCUUGUGGCAGGCAGGCAACUUCGGUGUGCCACAGCCACAGGAUGCAGGACGCGCGUAACCGCCUGUUGCUCCUGCUGGCUGCGGAUGGCGGCGCAUGCGUCUGCCACGCACACCUUGCCACGACUCCCGACGCCAUUCUUUUCGAACUUUCAUUCAUAAAAGCGAUGGGAACUUUCGAAAUUGAAGGCACUUUUCUUGGACGGCCAGAAGGAGGCGCGUCUCAGUCCCGACGCGACUUUCAAUGGCAACGGUUCGCUGCGGAACGAUUCGUGCUGAGGUCGCAGAACACUUCUGUCGGUCGUGCCACAUAAAUCAGUGUCAUAAAUCUGUGUGUCUUGUAUAUGGAAUUAUGUGUCAGUGUCCGACGAUAAGCGAGGCGGCGGCUAUGCCAGGCCACAAAAUAUCUUAGACAGAUUUAUCUGCGAAACGGAAUACCCACAAGACAAACCGAGACAAACGCCCAGAAAUAAAUAAAUAAAGGAAUAUACGGAAAGAAAAACAACUCUACCAAGGUUCAAAUUAUCCGUUUGGCGGGAAAACAGACAAAGUGCCCCUCAAGACCCCUCAAGCGAGAAGUGUGGAAAGUCGCAGUGAAAGUGGCGGCUGCCGUUCUCCCUUUGGUCCUCCUGCUAUCACAGCGAAAGUGAAUUGAGAGACACCCACACAGAAAAAGAUGGCCAUCUUGGAGUCUUGUUGCUUUUGGAAGAAUGUGCGAAUGGGCAGCUUCGCCUGUGCCAUCUAUACGCUGGUUUACUUUGGCUUCUCGACGCUGAUGUUCCUGUUCUAUGUGCGCGAGGAGCAGGAGUUCCUGCUGGGGCAACGCUCAGAGCCCGCGGGCGAGAGCAUACUGGAGAAGGGCGAUGUGACUGUAGUGACUGUGAUAUUCAACGUUUUGUUUCUGUUUUGCUCCGUGCUGAUGGUGCUAUCCUCGGGCCUGAUGAUACUGGGUCUACGUCGGAACAAGCGCCAAUUGCUGAUACCCUGGAUAUGCUUCAUGCUGGCCGAUCUGCUCAUCGAGUGCUCCCACCUCAUACACCUGACACUCUCCCGUCGCGUCAUAUUCGAUCCGAUUGUGGGCUUCAUUUUCACCAUAGACUUUUUCAUUCUGUGCCUCAACCUCUACUGUCUGCUGUGCGUCAUCUCGCAGUACCAGGCCUAUCGUGCCCAGCGAGCGGAGCUGCAGCAGAACUCCGCCACAUCGCCUAUUGUGGUGUUUACAGCGGCCGAGAAACUAAGCAAAUCCCAGCAGCAGCAACAACAGAAACAGCAGCAGCAGCAGCAACAACAGCUGCUGGGCGAGGCAUCCGGCAAUGGUAAGCGCCAGUCGCGGCGCCUGAUGGGUGCCGCCAGUCCCCUGAUCACCUCCCAGCGGCUGACCAACUUCUCCACCAUUACCGAGGAGGAGGAGCAGCAGUCGAGAGCGGGCAACAGCAAUGGUCAGCUCUCGGACCAUCCCGGCUCCAGUGUGGCGGAGCCCGACUCGGGUGAUGGAGACCUGGAGCAGGUGGAAACACCAAUAAUUACUUUGGAUCCUGUGGCAGUGGCGACAGCAAUCCAAUACUGAGCUUAGGUAAUGCCAGGAACGAGCAUUUCCCAUUCCCACCCAGCAGAUGAGAGCAAUUCCGCUUGGAAUUUUAUUCAGAGAUGAGAUAUUUUUACAAAUGAUUGAGAGUAGAUGUGAUGCGAGAUGCGAUGCGAUGCAAUGCGUUGCGAUGCGAUGCGAGAAUAAA